AUGACUAGCAACGCUGAGCUAAAACGGCUGAACGAUGACUUCUUUAACGGACUCGUCGAGCCCACUCGGGUCAGUGCAAAAGUCUACUCGUCGAAGGAUAUUUUCUCACUUGAAAUGGAACGUAUCUGGGCCCGUGCCUGGAUCUAUCUGGGGCACGAGAGUCAGGUUAAGUCGGGCGGCGAUUUCAUCACAACCAGCAUCGGCCAAACACCUGUCAUCAUGGUUCGCGAUGCGGACGGACAACGUAUUCAUGUACUACUAAACCGCUGCGGCCACCGUGGCGCACGCGUCUGCCAACAAUCCUGGGGCAGCGCCCCGAGCGGCCUGUUCCGUUGUCCUUACCACGGCUGGACCUACCGUUCCGACGGCACGUUGCGUUCGCAGCCGAGCCCGGGUGGUUACACCGGUGUUGGCUUCGACCCCGAUGACCCAAACUAUCACAUGCCCGCCAUCGCUCGGGUCGAAUGCUACCGUGGCUUCGUGUUCGGUUCGCUAGAUGCCGAGGCACCGGAGCUGACGACUUUCUUGGGCGAAACGCGCGAAACCAUCGACAAUCUGGUAGACCGUGCCCCAGACGGUGACGUUGAAGUCACUGGCCAUACCUGCCAUCGCUUCCGUCACCGCAGCAAUUGGAAAUUCUUUGUAGAAAAUCUGCAUGAUGCAAUGCACCCAAUGGUCGCCCAUGCCGCGACCAGCGCCGUGGUCAACAAUUACCUAAAAGCGCAUCCGGAUGAACAAACCGGCCGCGCCGAGGCGGAGGUCAUCGCUCCCUUCGGUGGCUCCUAUGACUUCUUUGAUGAGAUGGGCUUUGUCGGAUUGCCCCAUGGUCAUGGAUACAUGGGGGGGAGCCGCAGUAUCUUCAGUCACUAUCAACAGUUUCCGGAGUACCUGGAGCGAAUGGAACAGCGACACGGCCAGGAGCGGACCGAGGAAAUCCUGUCCUACAAUAAGCACAACACACUGGUGUACCCCUCUUGCACUAUCCGCGAUGGCAUUCAGUCGGUGCGGGUAGUCAGGCCGAUAUCGCCCAACGAGACCAUUCUGGAAUCCUGGACCUUUCGGCUCAAGGGUGCGCCUCAAACCAUGCUUGACCGCACCUUGCGUUACUCGCGUCUGAUCAACUCACCAGCAUCGCUGGUAGGCCCAGACGACAUGAAUUGUUAUGACCGCAUUCAGGAAUCUGCCGAUGCCGGUGCCAUCGAGUGGAUCGAUUUGCAUCGCCACUUCGGACGGGAAACCGGAGACGCACACCGGCAAACAGCUGUCGGGACGAGCGACUUGGCCAUUCGCAACCAGUACGCCGCAUGGCUAACGUACAUGACGGGCGACGAUGGAAGAGCUUGUGGCAGAUAA